AGAGAAGCGAACAAUAAGCAAAAGGAAUUAAACAAAUCUCUGUAAAGCGAAAAUGGUGAGCGCAUUGAACGGCUUCGGCAUGGCCAUUGGCUGCAUGGACAUCACUGGAGCCGUCUUCUUUGAGCUGAUGAUUAUUUACAUGCUGUGUCGAAGAAACGGCGCCAGGACAACAGCUGACGAUACAAAGGAACAGCAGCAGGGGCACGUGGCAACGCUCUAUGGCAACAGGGUACGCCCUUGGAUGCUGUGGAUUUAUCUGCUCCUAUUGAAUGUGUGGAUAGUCGUUUCAAUGCUCAUGGUUACUGGCAUUAUAUUGCAUAAGCCGCAGCUGCUGCUGUUCUGGCUGGUCUGGUGCUUUGGCGGACUUAUAUUCGAUGUGGUCUUUGUGGGUCUUUGGAUCGUGGAACUGCUAUCAGGCGAUGCCAUUGAAGCCCUGACCAACAUUUUGAUUUCAUUACUAACAAUGGCAAUUGAAUUUUCUUUCAUUUACGUUAUAUACAAUAUUUAUGGGAAUUUAACAAAGUUACCCAAGGAGCAAGAAAUCAAAGGCAAUCCCUUGUUGCGCUUUUCACACUUCUUAUUUUAAUUUAACAAAUACUUAUUACAAACAAUAAAAAUCUUGCUUCGAACAUUUAAUUCAUCUGCUGACUUACUUGGCCUUCAAUUCGGCUGCUUUCUGGUCAAGCUGUACCUUGACAAUUUUUAUUUUCAUUGGGAACUCCAGGGACUUGAAGAAUCUAUAGACGAUCAAUAUGAUGCCGAUACGAGCCAGUACUUGACCAAUGA